AUGCUCUCCUUGACGCUCCAUCUUCUCGUUGCGCUUGCAGCCGCAGCCGCCGGAGCCGCCUCUCCGGAACAAUCCAUGGGCUUUGCCUGCGGCGCGGGCAUGCCUUCCAAUCAGCUGAUCGCAGCUCACGAAUUUUAUUCCCAACACAAGGGUGCCGCCCGUCGCAGCCAAGGCCCGCCAAAGGUCAAGGUUGCCGUAUGGCUUCACGUCAUCGCAUCAUCCGUCAAAAGCGAAACGGGCAGGAUGACGAUCAACACGAUGAAAAAACAGUUGGCACUUCUCAACAGCGACUUUGCCAAGACCGGUUUCUCCUUCUACCUCAAGGCUUUCGAUCGGACCUUUAAUCAUCGGUGGGCGCAAGGGUUGGACAAGCCUACCAUGAAGAGCGCCCUCCACAAGGGAAAGAUGGACACUCUAAACGUCUACGUCGUCGAGCGGGUAGAGUACAACAGUUCGGCCAUCGUGGGCGAAUGCGCGCUGCCCAGCCAUGGCCUCGGAUACCGAGACGGCAUAGUCAUCAACGUGAGCACCGUUCCUAGGGGCCGCGACAACAGGAAUCGCAUCAGAUUCGGGCGGACCCUCACGCACGAGACUGGCCACUGGCUUGGCCUGCUGCAUCCGUUUCACGCUCAACAAUGCGGCGUCGACGGCGAUUACGUCGACGAUACUCCGCCUCAAGCGCAUCCCUCUCGCGAGUGCGGCCAAUCGUCCAGCUGCACCGGACCCGAGACGGCCGUCGUCGAUAACAUUAUGGAUUAUUACCCAGAGUCCGUUGCCCCGAUUCGAGCCGGGACGAAGAGACGAGGCUGA